UAUCCACACUAAUCAAGUUCCUUUAUACACAAUUAUAAUUCUAUUCUCAACACAUAUAGCAGCCAGCCAUGUCUUUCUUAUCAAACUAUUCCCCUGUUUUACAAUUUGACCUUGAUGAAGCUCUUCCAUGCUUUACCACCAACAUGGUCCUCAAACCACCACCAUCAUCGUCCUCGCCGUCACCGCCGCCGCCGUCUUCUUCAGCAAGUAAUAACAAUAAUAACUCCAAAGAUGUGCAUGUUAUGGAGUUGCCAACGGUAAGUGUAGGAGCUGAUUCAGUGUGCUGCGUGUGUAUGGAAGGCUUCCUAUUACAACCCCUUGAUCAUGAUCAUCAUCACCAAGUUUAUAAGCGUGUUGCUAAACAACUCCCGUGUCGACACGUGUAUCAUCCUGAUUGUAUUCUCACAUGGCUUUCUUCUAGUAAUCACUCUUGCCCUCUUUGCCGCCAUGUCAUCCUCCAUGAUGAUCAUAAUCAUAAUCAUAAUCAUAAUCAUAAUCAUAAUCAUGAUCAUCCCACACAAGCUGCUAAUUAAUUAAAUUGUUUUUUAAAACUUUUUAUUAAUUUAUGGUUUCGUCUCUUUCAUUAUUCUCUUGUCCUAAUAAUUAUUACCCUAGCUAUGGCUUUGAUUUUGUUAACUUAUUUAGAAUAAUGCGCACGUAGUACUUGUUUAAUUAAGCCAUGAUCAACAUCCCUGAUCUAACUGUUUAUACUGGCUUCUAUUGUAGUAAGUGUUUGACUUUUUAUUUGUUUAAAAAUAUCUUCUCGGUAGAUAUGCUUUAUAUCCUAAUUGUCGAAGAACUUGAAAAGGUCUUGUAUAUCUUGAAUGACGAAAUGGAGCUUCCACGGGAUUCUCCAAGUUCCUUUUACUGCGUUAAUGAUGACCAUUAGGUUGUCUCCUUCAAUGUUUAGAUUCUUAAUGUUAAGCCUUUUUGCUUCUUGAAGUCCUUUGUAAAGCGUACAAGCUUCUGCCAUAAAAGCUUGUGUAAUGUCUAGAUUGUAAGUCUGAAUGCUGAUUGGGCACCGUUGUUGUCGCGAAUAAUGAAACCAGCCGCUGUUGAAGAAGAUUUGCAGGAUCCGUCAAAGUUGAGCUUGAAAGUACCCUAAAGAAGGAGUACCAACGAACUAGAAUAGGAGUAUUGUGAGUAACCGUUGUACCAACGAUCCGUCAUUUAUUUUACAUACUAUACCAAUAUAAUGAAUUCAUAAAAGGAUUGGUUCAAAGAUGAAUUGGUAUACCGUAUAUGUACAGAUGUACCUAAUGUACGUUAACUUUUUGUUGGAGACCAAACAAUGGAUUCUCCUACUACGCUUUUUGGUAA